ACAUUUCAUCAUAAUUACAGGCGCCAUGUAGCUACCGUGCAUUAGCGUACGUCACAGCUGAUUUCAAUUGGUCAGCCUUGCUCAUAUUCGAAAUCCAAAAUUUCAACUUCUCAGCCUUGUUCUAAACUUCAUUCUCCCUCGAGGCUUCACAACGACAUCAUAUCCUUCCAACAGAAGCGCGCUUCCACAUUCAACAGUUGCCAUGCUCCUCCGGUAACAUUCGUUAACCUGCCAUCAAAAUGGCUCAAUUCAUACCCCGCACCGUAUUUCCCCAACAGCUCUCUCUUCCUCGAUCCUAUUAUCUAGGUCAUCAUGCAUCAGGUCUCUCUCGAAUGAAAACGAUGCUCUCAUCUAUCGAUCUCAUAAUAGAAUGUCGAGACUAUAGAGUCCCUCUUACAUCCCGGAAUCCUUUAUUCGAACAAUCACUCGCGGGAAGAGAAAGAGUUAUCGUGUAUACAAAACGCGAUUUAGGAAAUCAAGGUUUGCCUGUGGAUAAAAAGGUAUUUUCCCUACAUAUAUACAAUUCGAAGACGUCAUAUACUGACUUUGGGGCCAAAAACAGAGAGAAAAUAUAAUUAAAAACUGGCACAAGCCCUCUCCUACCCUUUUCUCAAACCACAAAUCCAAACCCGACAUUCAAACUAUUCUUUCCCUCUGCAGAGAACACGGUCUCGCACACCAAUCCCUCACCGGUUCGCGAAUCCUUGUCGUCGGUAUGCCUAAUGUUGGUAAAUCUUCUUUGCUAAAUGCUUUACGUAUGGCUGGUGUCAAUAGAGGUAAAGCUGCAUUUACAGGUGCUCAACCGGGUAUUACGAGGAAAAUCGCAUCGGGGGUUAAGAUUAUAGAUCCAGAUCCGGAAGCAGGGACAGAGGGUGUUUAUUUGGUUGAUACCCCUGGUGUUUUCGUGCCGUUUGUACCGGAUACGGAUAGUAUGUUAAAACUGGCGUUGGUGGGAAGUGUGAAGGAUACUAUCAUUGCGCCAACAACUUUGGCGGACUAUUUAUUAUUUCUUAUUAAUCUAAAGGUGGGAGGGGGUGUGUAUAAAGAAUAUUGUGGGGAAACGAAUGAUAUUGUGGAGUUUUUAGAGGCGGUUUGUAGGAAAACGGGGAGAUUGGGUAAGGGAGGCGUGCCGGAUGUGGAGGCUGCGGCUCUCUGGGUUAUUCAGAGGUGGAGGCAGGGAAAUUUGGGAAAAUUUGUUCUGGAUGAGGUGGAGGUGGAUGGGUUGGAGAAGAAGGUUAUGGAAGAGGUCAGGAUGAGUGUUAGUCAAGCGAGAAAACAGGCGAAGGAUACCCAGAGAAUGAGAGCCAAGACGCGGAAGACGGAUUCAGUGGGUUGAGAGUAUGUGUGGAUGGACCCUCCUGGGUUUAUGGGAUUCACAAUUCCACUUAUGAAAAACCGACUUCUGUCAGUGUAGGCAACAGCCCGCUGUACAUGCGACUUCAGGCCCGAGUUAUUAUCACAUCAUCGACAUAGGGCGGGAAGAAAGUUCUCCAAGCUACGGGCUUGAAAUAGCCAGAUCAGCUACAAACAUAUAUUCAUAUGUAAUACUCGCUCGGCGCCCAUAGGUGGAUAUUUGUGUGUUGCCAAAAGCAGAUGAAAUCAGAUGAUCGAGUCGAUCGCAUCUGAAAUUAGAUUGUUCUGUUGGAUUGAAGCAUUUGUUGUAUUGUAUAUCUAAGAAAGUUUCAUAACGAAAUAGAAGUUCAGCCUGGAUU